AUCACACAGACAUGUCCUCCGCAGCACUGCCGGCCGACAUCGCACAGGGCGUCACCUUCGCCGGCGACUGGCGCGCGGCCGUCGCGCAGUACCGCGCCUCGGCGCCCGCCGUGCCGGCGUCGGCGGCACUGCCUGCUGCGCCGGCGGGCCUCACGGCGCCGCUGGCCCACGCCAACGCCUGCGCCUUCGCGGCGGAGGAGUGCUGCCCCAGCGACAGCGAGCCUGGGCCGACGUUUGCCUCUCUGCUGCCUGCAGACGCAACAGCGCCGCUGGAGGCGCUUGCCGGCCCGGGCGCAGACGCCACCGCGCUGCUCGAGCGCCUGCGCACGGGCGAGGUGAGCGUCGCAGACGCGACCGAGGCCUUUCUCGCGCGGGCAGCCCUGGCCCAUGCGGCGACGGGCUGCCUGACGUCGCUCCUAGCCGACUCUGCGCGUGCGCGAGCUGCCGAGCUGGACGCACUUCGUGCCGCAGGAGGUCCCGUGAGUGUGAAGCGUGCAACGCUCAGCACAGGAGGUCGCCCGCCGGUAGCCCUCGGAUGGCGCACAGCUACCCCUCCGUAGUGCACACUCUGACCCCUUCUGCAGCUGCCGCCGCUGUUCGGCCUGCCCAUGUCGGUCAAGGCACACAUCGGCGUCCAGGGCACGCGCUCAGACCGCGGCAUCCUCUUCGACGUGCUGGCGCCUGCGAG